UUCAGAGGGAGAGCAGACGGAGGACGCAGCUCACCUGUUCACUACCUGUGAACCACCUGUAAACCUCCUGUAAACCAGCAGAUAACCUCCUGCUCACUUCCUGCUCACUUCCUGCUCACUGAGGACUCGGCUCACCUGUUCGGACUCACCUGUUUGGACUCACCUGUUCGGACUCACCUGUUCGGACUCACCUGUUCGUUUCCAUCGGAACCAUGAGCGGCUUCAUUUUGUCUCCAGCUGACUCCAAUUAACCUCCUCAAAGUAAGAACAGCUGAGAUCCAAUGCUUCCCACCGUCGCCAUGGAGACAGAGGCCAGUCACAUGCUGGAGGCAGCGCUGGAGCAGAUGGAUGACAUCAUCGCAGGUUCCAAAGCAGCAGCCAUGGAGUUCUCCAGCAGCAUGUUGGACCUGGGUUCCCCCAUCAGCACUGGCCCCCUGCAGGUGGUCCAGCUGGCUGAAGACCUGAAGCUGGCUCUGGAGCUCCAACCCAACCAGGAGGACCGAGAGACGCUGCGAGCUCAGCUGCCGACGGAGACGGUUCAGGUUCUGGCGGACUGGCUGCAGAGCGGAGCGGUGAGCGUUUGUUCUCCGACCAACAAUGAAACGUACCAGGAACGUUUGCUUCGACUAGAAGGAGACAAGGAGUCGCUGGUGCUGCAGGUGAGCGUCCUAACCGACCAGGUAGAAGCUCAGGGGGAGAAGAUCAGAGAUUUAGAAAGUUCUUUGGAAGAACAUCGGCAGAAACUUGCCUCCACAGAGGAGAUGCUGCAGCAGGAGCUGAUUAGCAGAACUUCUCUGGAGACCCAGAAGCUGGACCUGAUGGAUGAGGUGUCCUACCUGAAGCUGAAGCUGGUCGGUAUGGAGGAGAAGCAGCCGGACGUUCAGCAGCAGGACGCCGCCGACAGCAAGCAGAACAAAGCAGAGUGUGUUGUAAACCUCAUCAGUGAGCUCCAGGAGCAGAUGUGCAGGUUUCAGGAGGAGAUCAGCUCUCGCAUCCAGGAGAAACGGGCCCUGGAGGAGAAGGAGGCCCAGCAGGCGGAGCCCCGAGCCCAGGGUCGAGGCCCUCAGGUCGGGUCGGCCGGCUCCGAGCUCGGCCCGUCCGGUUCUGAUGGCCAGAACCGGAGUGGAGGAAAGACUGUUCACCAGGAUUUACUUGAAGAAGUGAAGCAGCUGAAGAACAAAGUGGAGGAACUGGAGGGAGAGAAGAGCCAGUAUGAGAGGAAACUCAGAGCUACGAAGCUCUCCAUCUCUUACUCUCUCCAUGUCUGUUACCAGUCGCUCAUGACUCAGUUGUCCAGCCUCAAACUGACCGUGGAUCAGACUCAGCUGGAGAAGCAGCAGUGGGAGGAGCGCUGGCGGAGCGCACAGGCUGAAAUCUCGGAGCUGCAGCAGCUUUUAUCCUCCAAAGACACAGAGAUCGAGUGUCUGCAGACGCAGCUGUUGGCCAGAGGGGGCAGCAGCAGCGACAACGCAGAGCGAGAGGAGCUGUAUAUCAAGCAGCUCAUUAACAAAUAUCAGGAAUACCAGCGGCUGAAGGUCGGGAUGGAAACUCUGCUGGCAUCAAACGAUGAAAAGGAUCGACGGAUCGAGGAGCUGACCAAUCUGCUGGGUCAGUACAGGAAGAUGAGGGAGAUGAUGGCGUUAACUCAGGGAAGCAGUGAAGAAGAGCUGAGUAGUUUGAAGCUCAGAGCGAUCACACAUAAAGCUCAUUCAGACGUCCUUAGAUCAGAGAUAUCAUCCAGAGGAUCUUCUCCUCUGAUGCUCUCCUCGUCUCCUUAUCAGCGAGAUCUGGACUCCAGUUUUCAGAACUCUAUGGACACGUCGUUGGUCUCAGCUGGAGAUAUGAGUUUCUUUAAUGGAUCGUGGCACCAGCGCCGGCUGAUGUCCAGCAGUCUAGAGGAGCUGCAGAGUAGAUCUUUACGAAAGGCUGUAGAGUUCCAGCCAGUCGAAACUGAAUCAGACGUAGUUUCAGAGAGUCCUCACAUGGAGCUGAGCAAAUACCAAACGCUGCCGAUGAAACUGAGUAAAAAGAGUGAGCUGAGGGCGGAACUGAAUGGAGAUGGAGAAUAUUUAUCUCCUGUCCAGCUUUCUCCGGUCCGAAGCCACGACCAGGACUACAGCCUGAUUCGCUGCAGGAGUGCCAGCGCUCCAGCUUUAGGAUCUCCUGGAAAGCACGACCUGUACGGAGUCGGACGAGUGGAGAAGCCGGAGGAGUCGGUUCUGUCAGAUCAGUCUCCGGUGUCGUCCGGAGUGGAUUCUGGACAGCAGAGUCCGGUUUCUCCAGAGAACAGGAAAACCCACCGAGGCAUCAAGAAGCUCUGGGGGAAGAUCCGUCGCAGUCAAUCCGGCAGUCCGGUCCAGGUCCACGAUGCCGACAUGGGAGACUUCAAGAGAGGAGGCUUCAGAGCUACAGCUGGACCUCGACUGGCCCGGUCCGGAAGAACACGAGAUCUGAAGACGCCGUUCUCCAAGUGGAGCUCCGAGCAGGUCUGUGAUUGGCUGGAGGACAUCGGGCUGGGUCAGUACGGGAUUCUGGGUCGACACUGGAUCAGCACUGGACAGACGCUGCUGUCAGCAAGUCCUCAAGACCUGGAGAAGGAGCUGGCGAUGAAGAAUCCUCUCCACAGGAAGAAGCUGCAGCUGAGCAUCAAGACGUUCAGCAGCAAACAUCCAGAGAAGUCUUCAGAACUGGACUACAUCUGGGUGACUCGUUGGCUGGACGACAUCGGCCUCCCUCAGUACAAAGACCAGUUCAACGAAGGCCGAGUGGACGGACACAUGCUGCAGUACCUGACCGUGAAUGACUUGUUGUUCCUCAAAGUGACCAGCCAGCUGCAUCACCUCAGCAUCAAAUGUGCCAUCCACGUCCUGCACGUCAACAAGUUCAACCCCAACUGUCUGAAACGAAGACCUGGAAACGAGAACCAGUUCAGUCCCAGUGAGGUGGUCCAGUGGUCCAACCACAGAGUCAUGGAGUGGCUGAGAUCCGUGGAUCUGGCAGAAUACGCUCCCAACCUGAGAGGCAGCGGCGUCCACGGAGGCCUGAUAAUGCUGGAGCCUCGGUUUAACUCGGAGACGCUGGCGAUGCUGCUGAACAUCUCGCCUCAGAAAACGCUGCUGAGACGCCACCUGAACACCAACUUCAACAGUCUGGUGGGAGUUCAGGCUCAGCAGGACAAGAGGGAGUACAUGGAGGCGGCGGGAUACACCCCCCUCAGCAUCACCGCUAAAGUCAAGCCAAAGAAGUUGGGUUUCUCCAACCUGACCCACCUGAGGAGGCGGCGUCCGGACGAAUCCAUGGAUUACGUUUGUCCUAUCGAGUCGUCAUCGUCGCUGAACGCCGUACAGAUGCGACCGUACGCCGGCUUCAGGGGCCUCAGCCCGAUUCUGGACCGAGAGCCGGACCGGUCCAGGGACCAGAUGGCGACUGCCGAGGGAACCGUCCUGCAGAUAGAAGCUCUGUCAGAAAGCAUCAACAACCUCACAUACCUGCUCAGUCACGACGAACUGAGGAAGGAGAUGAGACGAUCUCAGACGGCGCUAGUCUGAAGACGACAGCUUGCUAAUGCUGUCGACCAACCAGAGACCUUCAGAAACACCUGGAGUCAGCUAACACUUGGAGCAGGCUAACACCUGGAGCAGGCUAACAUCUGGAGCAGGCUAACACCAGGAGCAGGCUAACAUCUGGAGUCAGCUAACACCUGGAGCAGGCUAACAUCUGGAGUCAGCUAACACCUGGAGCUGGCUAACAUCUGGAGCAGGCUAACAUCUGGAGUCAGCUAACACCUGGAGCUGGCUAACAUCUGGAGCAGGCUAACAUCUGGAGUCAGCUAACACCUGGAGCAGGCUAACACCUGGAACAGGCUAACAUCUGGAGCUGGCUAACACUCGGUGUUAACUGACACCGGGAGUCAGCUAACAUCUGUAGCUAGCAAAUAUCUAGAGCUGGAUAACAUCUGGAACCAACUAAGACUUGGAGCUGGUUAUCACCUGAAGCCGGCUAAAACUGGGUGCUGGCUAACGCUUGGAGCUGGCUAUCGCUUGGAGCUGGCUAACACCUGGAGCCGGCUAACACCUGGGGCUCAUCUAACAUCUGUAGCUGGCUAAAAUCUGGGACCGACUAACACGUGGCGCCGGCUAACAUCUGCAGCUGUCUAGCACCUGGAGUCAACUGACACCUGGAGCAGGCAAACAUCUGCAGCCGGCUAACAGCUGGAGCUGGCUAACACCUGGAGCUGGCUAACACCUGGAGCAGGCAAACACCUGCAGCCGGCUAACAGCUGGAGCUGGCUAACAGCUGUAGCUGGCUAACAAAACAGAGCCGGCUAACACCUGUAGCCGGCUAAUACCUGGAACCGGCUAACACUUGGAGCCGGCUAACAGCUGGGGCUAGUUAACAGCUGGAGUUGGCUAACAACUGGAGCUGCUGAUGCCUCGUUAACACCUACAGAGGACUCUAAAACACAGACUGAACACAACGUUGAGAACAGUCAAUUUUCUCAUUUUUAUUUUCUAUAAUAACGAGCUGAACAACUUAGAGCCACUAGCGACAUUUUUUUUACUGCUUCCCUUGUUUCUCUGCUAUGACCCUUUACUGAUCCUACUGAGGACGGUGCUGAUAUUUAAACAAGGAGAACAGAGUCAGAUGAACCUUCAUGAACAGUAAAAUGCAGUAGUACACAUGAAGUUUGAAGUAUAAAGUUGUACAAAUGAAGUUUUAGCCAUUUCUUUAAAGACAACAACAGCUAAAUUUAGCAGCAUGUUGAAAUAAACAAGUUAUUAGAGCUGGUAGUGAUUAUUAAUGAGUUUGUUUAAGAAGAAAGUGGAUUGGUCAGUUUAAGUGACAUGAAGUUUGUGUUUAAGAAGAGUUUUUGCUCUUUAGCACAGGAAAGAGGAUGUUAUGACUGAUAUUAUGGAUGGAAACAUACAAAAUAUGAAUAUAGAUGGACAGAACUCUGGAUUUUUUUAGCCACAUAUAAGAAAAAAUGUUGUGAAACGAGUUUGUUUUUGGAAAUAAAUGCAAAAAAUUUAAAGAAAUUAUCAACUAAAUUCAUAAAAAGUGCAGAAAAGACAAUAAUAAAUGAAUAAAAACAAUAUUUUGUGCAACCAAACAGCAGCAGUUCCCAUUUUUGAAGGAACCAGGUCUGUGGAUUUCAUUUUUUUAAAGCGUAUUAAGUUUCCUCACAUGAUCCCAGACUGAAAACAGUCCGGUACUUUAACAGUAUAUAAAAACUCAGUGGUAAAUUUUAGCUUUUUUUGCGAAUGCAUACUAUAAAUAAACGUUUUUCUGAAUCAUAUAAAGUGUUUAAAACUGUUGCAGACAUGAAUCUGUAUCUGCAUGUCGGGUUUUUUUUUUUGCUGAUAUUAGCGUUUUAAUGCAGAAAAGUUUGUAGAUGUUUGAGGUAAUUUAUAAAAAAAAAAAAAAAAAAACAUCCCUAGAGACGCUGACGGGUUUUAUUAACCUGCAAAAUGUUCUGUCUAGUACAUAUUUAGUAAACAGAUUUUUAAAAUAAAUUUAAAGCUGCUCUGAUUGAUGUUUAAAUAUCAAAAACCAAUCAAAUUAAUCAAUAGAAUUAGCUCUACGGAAGGUUUUAGUGUCUUUUAACUUGAUUUUUGGGGUUUUACAGAUCAUAAAUUCACUGAUUGGAUUAAAUUUUUCUGCUCUAAUCAGACUGACUGAUUUUAGCCACAGGAGGAAGUUUUUUUUUUUUUUUUAAAUAAAACAAAGAAAAACUCAGAUAAACCCAAUAAAAUCUUCAGCUACCUGGUCCAUUUAGCAGCUAGCGAAACAUACUUCCUUCAAAAAUUGGAAAAAUAUGGUAACUGUUGGAAAAUUGCCCCAAAUAAAUGCUAACACAUGUUCAUGUCUGCUGGAUGUUUAUUGGUUCAUCAAAUCAACUAAAUAAGAUGAUAAUAUUUCAGUGUUUACAUCCUGUUCAGCUGCUCCAAAUGGUAAAAAUCAGGAUAUUAUUGCUGCUUUAGGAGAUCUUUAUUGAAUAUUUUGUGUUCAUGAUGGUUCAUUUGACCCUUUUCUCCUCUUUUUGUUUGUCCAGCACCGUUUUGUUCAUGUUUUAGUAUAACUGACUUAGAGAAGAUGAGAGAAAUCUACUUUUAUACAGUAAACAUUUGAUAGUAUAAAUGACACCAGACUGGUACAAUAAGUUGUGAUAUUUGGUUUAGAAAACAAUAAAACUGAUAAAAACUGA